GAGAAAUGUGAUCUAUACACUUGACACUAGAUAUCCAAAAACAAGUCACGAGACUUGUUCCAACACAAAAAAGGAAAUCGAACACUUUUAAUGAGUGUCCAUGCCACCCCUUCUACCCCUACUCUAUCCCACCCACCCUUAUUAUCCAACCAUCUCUUCCUAUAAGUAAGAGCUUUUAAGCAAAACCAUGCAUCAUCUUCUAGUUCCCUUUGCUUCUUCAAUGGCAUCAGCUCUCCACUUUUUAAUCUUCAUUUCCUUUCUAACCCUCAAUUUUUCUGCUAUUUCCCUUUUUGCCCUUAAAGUUCAUGUUGGUGCUAACACUGGCCUCAGUUUGUCUAAAGCCUGCAGCAAUAUAUGUGAAUCCUCCUUCUGCAAAGUCCCACCAUUGCUGAGAUAUGGGAAGUAUUGUGGAAUAUUAUACAGUGGAUGCCCAGGAGAGAAGCCUUGUGAUGAUCUUGAUGCAUGUUGUAUGAAACAUGAUUCCUGCAUUUCAGCCAACAACAACAACUAUUUGAGCGAGGAAUGCAACAAGGGGUUGUUGAGGUGUGUAGAAAGGUUUAAGAAAGCAGGGAGCAAGACAUUCAAAGGCAACACAUGUGAUGCAAAUGAUGUUACCAACACCAUUAAGCUUGUUAUGGAAGCUGCAGUUCUGGCGGGCAGAUAUAUUCAUAAACCCUAAUAUAAUAUGCAAAUCAUACUCCCUUCAAGUAUGGAGAUAGUUUGACAUGGCAUAAAAAUUGGACGACAUUUUAGAAUCAAUGAAUUCCAACAAAAAGAACAUUAUUCUUUUAUAAUUUUAAUCAAAUACAUUUUGAUAUUGUAUUUGUAGCCAAACAUAAUUUGAAAGAACUGAUGAUAAAGCUUCUUUUCAUGACUUGAAAUCACAAUAUUAAAGUUGCACA